AUGAUUUGGUUUAAAUUUAUCAAAGAAGAAAGGAAUUUGAGUGUGAAAUCAAUUACAGUUGACUUUGAGAAAGCAGCUAUAAACAGCAUUAAAAAAUUAUUUCCUCGCGUCUCUGUGUUUGGUUGUUUUUUCCACUUUGGACAGUGUUUAUGGAGCAAGAUACAUGCUACAGGUUUACAAACGUGGUACACCGAAGGAGAAAAUGCAUUUAUUAUAAAACAGCUGCAAGCGUUAGCUUUCGUACCACCUAAUGACGUAACUACUUUGUUUGAACAAUUACUUCAUUCUUUAAGUGCUCAAACUGAUGAAAUUUUGGAGGAAUUCCUAACUUAUUUUGAAUGUACUUGGGUAGGAAUCAUGCAACGUGGUAGACCUCGACGACCACUAUACGACAUUUCUUUACAGUCGUGCUACAACAGAGUUCUCAAUGAUCUUCCGAAAACCAACAACACUCUGGAAGAGUGGCACCGAGCCUUCAGUAGAAGAGUUAACUUCCAUCACCCUAACUUAUCCAAAUUAAUUGAGAAACUUGGGGUAGAACAGUCACACCGAAAUGGUAAUAGAACAGGCCAUAUCAGGAGUUGA